GGACAAUGGGGGUGCGGGGAGGUGGCGGUAGGAAGAUGGCAGCGGCCGGAGGCGCGGAGGGGCGCUGGGCGGCCGCCGCUCCCGCGCGGCUCCCUUGCUCGGUGUGGCUGCUGACCGCCGCCGCGCUCACCGCCGUCAAAGUAUCAGCAGUAGAGGUCAACACACCGGAGGAGAUAUUUGUGGAGAAUGGGACAGACGCAAAGCUUCCAUGCACAUUUACGUCUGUGGAAGUGAUCAGCAGCGCAGCAUCUGUUUCUUGGAGUUUUCAACCAGAGGGAGCAGCAACUCGUAUCUCAUUUUUCUAUUACUUUAAUGGGAAGCCAUACCCUGGAAAGGACAUACCAUUUAAAGACAGGAUCACGUGGGCUGGAGAUCUUAACAAGAAAGAUGCUUCUAUCAGUAUAUCAAACAUGCAGUUCCGGGACAACGGCACUUAUAUUUGUGAUGUCAAGAACCCACCUGACAUUGUUGUCAAACCAGGAGAAAUCCGAGUUAGAGUUGUGGAGAAAGACAGCCUGCCUGCGUUCCCCAUUGCCAUGGUGGCAGGGAUAGUCAUCGGUACGGUUACAGGUCUCUCACCGCUCAUCUCUAUUGUCGUGUGUCUUGUCAUCAGAAAGAACAACUCUAAAAAACGAUACUCUGGCUGCAGUACAUCUGAGAGCUUGAUGGCACCGGUUAAGCAGGCUCCGCAGAAGUCGCCCUCCGACACAGAGGGUCUGGUAAACAGCGUGCCCGCCAGAUCACACCAGGGCCCAGUCAUUUAUGCGCAGUUAGAUCACUCCGGAGGACAGCACAGCGACAAGAUUAACAAGUCAGAGUCUGUGGUCUAUGCUGACAUUCGGAAGAACUGAGAUGAGAUCCUAAGCUAUCCAAAGGAGAACACACAUUCAGACUGGAAUUGCUUGAACAGGAUUUGACCCAGAGAACUCACAUGUGGCCUUUGAUGCCUAGGCUAGGACCAAUGCAUGUGCAUACAGAGGGAAAGAUAUAUAUGUAUUGUGUGUAAAUAGUCUAUUUAAUCGUACAGAAGUGAGACCAAUGUUGCAUGUUGAAAUGCGGUAAGAAUUUUGCUUAUAAAUUGCCAAUAUUCUCUUUUUAGUAUCUAGUGUGACGAGAGAGAAAGUGAAAACUCGCAUCACAAUUUUAAAAUAUUUUUAUCUUGAUUAUUAAUGGAGAAACUGGAAGAUGCCUGAAGAGGCUGGAUUGACUUUUUUUUUUUUGCUUGUAGGGCCUAAUUUCUUUUGCUAAGGUGAGUGUAAAGAAGAAAUCUUCUUUAUAUUCAGAGUUCUUUAUGUAGACAGGGUAUUCAUCUUUCCUUGGUCAGAUUCUCAGUACAAGCUGCCUUCUCACAUAAACUAGGCACUGUCGCUUGGUUUUGUAAGCCAAAUGGUGACUCCUAGCUAUCCAAAAUGUAUGUCUUAGCAGUGUAUGUGCAGGAAAUGUUUAGGCCUACCUGACCUGUGUAACACAAGUCACAGACUUGUUUACUUCCAUAUUGAGCCCACCUAUUCAAGCUCAGUCCUUUAAGGUACAGGGAUAGUGUUAUCUAAUGAAUUUUGUGAAAUGGUAGUUUACCUGUGAAAACUUACGAGCUAGUGAGUUAAAGGGAUAGGAAGCUGUAGGUGUAGGUGGUUGCCUCAGACUGUUGAACCUUUCAGUGCUCCUUCCUCAAAGCUCUGUUACUUCGUAUGUGAAAAAGGGCUCCAAGGAAUCUGGAAGCUGUAGUACUCCCUCGCCUCUCUCCCAUGGCUCCACUGUCACUUUCUUAGGGAUGCUUUAUCUGUUCUUAAAAGCCUUGUAGUGAAGGCUGAAUGACCUCUGGAGGAGAUCUAGGGCUGCCCUCUUUUUUUAAUCUUUUUAGUGUGUGUUUUUAGGUAACCUAUAUUUGCACAGAGGAUGCGGAGGGCAGUUUAUUUCCUUCCUCUCUGCAAGUUUACUACUUGAAUAUAAUUUUCCAGCUUCUUGUUUCCAGAUUAAAUUCCUUAUAGAUUGCUAAGGAUCUCUGUCCUCUUGUGCUAAGAGGAUCUUUCUUUAGCUGGCCCAUUUGGAUCCUGAAAUCUGAUGCUCAAAGCUAGAAGUGGCAUUCUGGCUGAGAUCUUCUCAGAGUAGCAUAUAGUAGAAGGAUUUCUGUUUUGUACAUCCUAAUGUGGUAUUGUUUCUUUUUGUAGCUGCAAAUAAUAUUCAGCUUGGUCCACCAGAACCCUUUCUCUCUGAUUCUAACCCAUUUCCUAGUUCAGUCCAUUUCAAAGGAGCAAUCACAGAAUGGUUGAGGUUGGAAUGCGCCUCUGGAGAUCAUAUGGUUGAAACCCUUCACCCUUCCUCCUCAUGCAGGGUCAGCUAGAGCAGGUUGCUCAGCACUUUGCCCAGUUGGGUUUUGAGUAUCUCCACAGAUAGAAACUUUGGGCAACCUGUAAAAAAAGUGCUUCCUUGUGUUCAAGUGGAAUUUCCUUUUUUUUUGUUCCUGUCUAUUGCCUUUUGCCCUGCCAGUGAGCACCUACUGAGAAGAGUAGUGCUCUUCAUUCCCUCCCAUCAAGUAUUUAAACACACUGGUAAGAUCCCCCCUAAGCCUUUUCUUCUUCAGGCUGAACAGUCCCAGCUCUCUCAGCCUUUCCUGAUAUGGAAGAUGCCCCAAUUCCUUUGUCAUCUUUGUGGCCCUGGACUGGACUUGCUGCAGUAAGUCCAUGUAUCUCUUGUACUGGAGAACCCAGAACUGGACACAGUGCUCCAGGUGUGGCCUCGCCAGUGGGGUAUAAAGGGAAGGGAUCACCUCCCUUGGCUUGCUCUCGAUACAUUGCCUAAUGCAGCCCAGGAUACCGUUUGCCUUCGUUGCAGCAGGGCACGCUGCUGGCUCGUGUUCAACCUGGUGCCCACCAGCAUCUCCACAGGGCCUUUACUGCAAAGCUGCUAGCCAGGCAGCCCCUGGCAGGUGCUGGUGCAUGAGGUUGCUCCUCUGCAGGUGCAGGACUUCUGCACUUCUCCUUCUUGAACUUCAUGAAAUUCCUGCUAGCCCAGUUCUCCAGCCUUUGUGAGUCUGUCUGAAUGGCAGCACAACCAUCUGGUAUGCCAGCAACUCCUCCUGGCCUUGUAUUGUCUGCAGAUUUGUCUCUGCUGAAGUUAUGUUAUGGCUUUUUCAGACCUCAUCUUCAAUUUGUCAGUCGAAAACUUGGUUUGAAUUCCUGUCCUCCAGUGAGUUUGCAAUUCUCUUAGCUUGGUAUUUGUAAACUUGAGCCAAUGUUCCACUGUAACAUCAAGUAAAUAACAAAUAGUUUUAAGCUGAUGGCAGAGCCUUUCAGAACCACAUUAGAUAAUCCUUUAAUUAUCACAGUGCAACUUUAAUAACUAUUUUGUGUACAGUUUUGGUUUUGGGGUUUUUCCCCAACUCAGUUGGGUAAGCCAAUGCUAUAUUCUUCCAUCAGGAUCAGACACCUGCCUUUGUUAGAAGCCUCAUUAAGAUCAGGAUGAAUCCUGCUGCUGCUACUUUCCUUAUCUACCAGUUGUUACUUUGCCAAGGUUUGUUUUACGCUUAGUGAGAAAUGAAUGCUUUUGACAUGAUUGAUGGAGAAACUUGAUUUUGAUCGGCCUGUGUUCAUCCCUGUCCAUCACCAUCUUUCUCCCCAGACAUUUUAGAGCAAGAGAAAUGUGAUUAAUGUAGCGAUCAAAAACUUGCUGCUAUGAGAAGGCAGGGCCGUCCUUGGCUCUGCGGCCUGCUACUAAUGUUUGUUCCUUGUUCUGCUGGAAUAUACUGGAGAAGCUGAACACAGUCCUUAUCUGGUGCUGACUUUUAGAAACAUGCUGAUCUGGUGCUAACUUUAGGAGACACUGAUCUGGCUGGUGCUAACUAAUUUUAGGAAACCUCUCCUUUUGUUGCUUUUGUUUAGCUACAGGUGUGUUCAUAUUGCCUAUAGAGAGGAGGCUUUUGCAAGGCUGCUUGAACCCUCUUUGUGAAGGCAGAAUGAACUUGGAAGUAUUUUCAUAAAAUGUUGAACAUCUUUCUAAAAAGAAACAGAAGUCCUGUGCCUAGGAAUAGCAGGAAUCAGUCCAAAUCCCCCUCCAGUGCAAAGCUGUUGAAUUAUAAAUAUAUAUAUUUUUUUAUUAUUUGGUCAUGGAAACAUGAACAAUGCAGCUAUUAAAUCACUUGUUUGGGCUGAAGUCAAAAGAACUUGAGGCAAUGUGAGACAACACUUGGGCACUUUCUGUCUCUCAGGUUGUCUUAGCUUGUUUAAUCAUACGAUAACCUGUGCUGAUGAAAGGGAUUGAUGCUAAGUUAGAAUCAUAGAAUCAUAGAAUAGUAAGGGUUGGAAAGGACCUUAAGAUCAUCUAGUUCCAACCCCCCUGCCAUGGGCAGGGACACCUUGCCCUAAACCACGUGGUCCAAGGCUCUGUCCAACCUGGCCUUGAACACCGCCAGGGAUGGAGCAUCCACAACCUCCCUGGGCAACCCAUUCCAGCGCUUCACCACCCUCACUGUAAAGAACUUCUUCCUUAUAUCUAAUCUAAACUUCCCCUGUUUAAGUUUGAAGCCAUUACCCCUUGUCCUACCACCACAGUCCCUAAGGAAGAGUCCCUCCCCAGCAUCCUUGUAGACCCCCUUCAGACACUGGAAGCUGCUCUGAGGUCACCACGCAGCCUUCUCUUCUCCAGGCUGAACAGCCCCAACUCUCUCAGCCUGUCUUCAUAUGGGAGGUGCUCCAGCCCUCUUAUCAUCCUCGUGGCCCUCCUCUGGACUCGCUCCAACAGCUCCAUGUCCUUUUUAUGUUGAGGACACCAGAACUGUACGCAGUACUCCAAGUGGGGUCUCACAAGAGCAGAGUAGAGGGGCAGGAUCACCUCCUUCGACCUGCUGGUCACGCUUCUUUUGAUGCAGCCCAGGAUACGGUUGGCUUUCUGGGCUGCAAGCGCACACUGAAGCCGGCUCAUGUUAAGCUUCUCAUCAACCAACACCCCCAAGUCCUUCUCUGCAGGGCUGCUCUGAAUCUCUUCUCCGCCCAACCUGUAGCUGUGCCUGGGAUUGCCCCGACCCAGGUGUAGGACCUUGCACUUGGCUUGGUUAAACUUCAUAAGGUUGGCAUCGGCCCACCUCACAAGCGUGUCAAGGUCCCUCUGGAUGGCAUCCCUUCCCUCCAGCGUAUCAACCGAACCACACAGCUUGGUGUCAUCGGCAAACUUGCUGAGGGCGCCUCAAUCCCACUGCCCAUGUCGCUGACAAAGAUGUUGAACAGGACCGGUCCCAACACCGAUCCCUGAGGGACACCGCUCGUUACAGGUUUCCAACUGGACACCGAGCCAUUUACCACAACUCUUUGCGUGCGGCCAUCGAGCCAGUUUUUUAUCCACCGAGUGGUCCAUCUAUCAAAUUGAUGUCUCUCCAAUUUAGAGACAAGGAUGUCAUGUGGGACAGUGUCAAACGCUUUGCACAAGUCCAGGGAGAUGACGUCAACUGCUCUGCCGCUGUCCAUCAGUUCCGUGGCUCCAUCAUAGAAGGCCACCAAAUUGGUCAGGCAGGAUUUCCCCUUAGUGAAGCCAUGUUGGCUGUCACCAACCACCUCGUUGUUUUUCAUGUGCCUCAGCAUGUUUUCCAGGAGAAACUGUUCCAAGAUUUUGCCAGGCACAGAGGUGAGACUGACUGGUCUGUAGUUCCCCGGGUCUUCCACCUUCCCCUUCUUGAAAAUGGGGGUUAUAUUACCCUUCUUCCAGUCAUCGGGAACUUCACCUGACUGCCAGGAUUUUCCAAAUAUGAUGGACAGUGGCUUAGCAACUUCAUUCGCCAGCUCCUUCAGGACCCAUGGAUGGAUUUCAUCAGGUCCCAUGGACUUGUGCACGUUCAGGUUCUUAAGAUGGUCUCGAACCUGAUCCUCUCCUACAGUGGGCCUAAGGUCUUCAUUCUCACAGUCCCUGCAUUUGCUUUCCAAGACUUUCGUGGUGUGAUCAGAGCAUUUGCUGGUGAAGACUGAGGCAAAGAAGUCAUUAAGAACCUCAGCCUUCUCCAAAUCCAUGGUAGCCAGUUCUCCUGAUAGCUUCUGGAGAGGGCCCACAUUGUCCCUAGUCUGUCUUUUAUUUGCCACGUAUCUAUAGAAUCCUUUCCUGUUAUCUUUUACAUCCCUUGCCAAACUUAAUUCUAGCUGGGCCUUAGCUUUCCUAGCUGGGCCUUAGCUUUCCUAAGCUUUUCCUAAGCUUUACUUAGUAAAGUCUCAGGAGACAGAGGACUUCUACUUCCUUGAUGGCUAGCAAGCAGAGAUUGAAGUCAGACAGGCUCAUCAUAUAUCCUGAUGUUAUGGUGACCAGAAGUUUAACUGCUGUACCGCUCAUCUCUUUAAUUCUCUGAUGCUGUUCUUUGCCAGUGGCGAGGAACAGCUUGGACUUUGAGGAGCACAUAGUGUGUUGUCCUUGUCCUGUCAUAGUAGUAGUGCUAGCUGGUUUUAGGACCCUCUAUUUCAAAAAGAAGUGCUGCGUGGCAGGCUUGCUCAGCUCAGCUCACCUGACUAAAACUCAGGUGGGUCAUUGCUCUUGGAUAGUGGAGCUGGGGAAGGUCUGUGUGAUGUAAAAGACUUGCAAUGGUUUCUCUUUUAUCCAUCAUGCAGACAAGACUGGGAUCAAUCUGAAAUAAGUUUCUCAGCUGAGGGGAAGGAAACGGUCUUUUAUGGGUAAAAGAGACCACCUGCCCAUUGCAGGAGUGCAGUUUUGGCCCGGCGGCCUGGGCUCUGGCAGCCAAGUCACCUGGCACCCCCUAGAGCCAAGGAUAUGAAUGGCAUCAGUCAUCUUCCCUCUUCUUAACGGGACUGCUAAGUGGAACAGUUUCGGCUUAUUUAUUUAUUUAUUCUUGGUUUUUAACAGCAGAUCUAUUCCUUCUUAUUUUUGAUUGCCAGAAAUUAAAUUUGAGACGAGGAUUACAAAUAAUUAUAAAGUAUCAAUCUAAGUAAAUUGGUUGCUGUACUCAGUACAUCAAAUCACCAUUGCCCCUUUUGACUUCAGGAGUUGUUCAGUGAGGGAGAUGGUUGGCAUGUUCAUGAAAUGGUAUCAAGAGCCAUUACAGAGAGGCAAAUAUGUCCCUGUAACUAACUGAAUGAUGUUUCAUUUAUAACUGGAGACGCGUAGAGUUUUGUUUUCUCUCAAAGCUUUAGUGGUAUUUCAGUUUGUGACUAGCAGAGCUGGAAUUAGGUUUUUAACUUUUUAAACUCAUGAGAACUGUUUAGGUAACCAUCUGUCUUGUAACUACAGUAAAUGUGUAUAUGCAACUUAGAAGCUGCAUUGCCUUAGAGUGGAUUCAUUGAGGUCAAGUGUGGGCCGUUUGAUUUAUAACCAAACCACCUUCACUCUGUAUUGAAAUCUUGUCUUGGAAUUUUAUGUUAUUAAUGUAUCUACCUAGGACCUCAAAUACAAAACGUUCUUGUGCAA